AUGUCGGGUCUCGAUCUGGCAAAGAAGGAGGCGGCCACGCAGCAUGCUAUCGCUGAGCAUUUUGACGACACCUCCGACAACGGGGCGUUUCCGGAACGCCCCAAAUCCACGAAGAGAAUGAUGUGUUUGGGGUUUUACGUAGGUAUGUCAGGCUGGAUGUACAAUUUCGAUCUUGGCUACAGUGGCAUUGUCCUCCAGAUGAUGCCUUUCAAGGAAGCUUUCGGCUCAUAUGGUCCAGUCAAAAAGGCCAACGGCACAAUAGUAGAUGAGUAUAGCUUGACUGCGCUGCAGCAGUCACUUGUCUCCGUCGCCAUAAUCUUCAUCGGCGUUGGUGGUGCCCUUGCAGGACCUAUUGGCAAAUAUGGCGGACGUCGCGGAGCCAUUCAAGCAGCUUGUUUCCUGAUUGCUGUUGGUGCUGGAGGUAUGCUCGGAACAGCGGGCAGCUACCUCAAUUACAUGGUGUGCAAAUGCAUCCAAGGUCUUGGGCUUGGGGUAUUGCUUGCAGCCAGCCCAUUAUGGGGAGCAGAAGUCCUGCUGGCCGAGACUCGUGGUAUAUUUCUAUCUUUGUUCGGCUGGGGACUCGCCGUCGGACAAGCAAUGGCUGGUUGCGUUUGCUUGGCCACUUCGAGAUAUACCACAUAUCUGGCAUGGCAGACUCCGAUAAUUUGCCAUAUUCCACUAGCUAUUAUGUUUGGUUUGCUCACGUACGCAUUCCCUGAGUCGCCCCGAUGGCUCCUGACCAAGGGUCGAGAGGCCGAAGCACGCAAGUCUUUCGCCAUUUACUACGGAAAAGCUGUCGAUGACCCUAUAAUAAACUAUCAGAUUCUACAAACCUCUUCCCAUAUAGAGGCGGAAAGAGCAGCAAUGAAGACGGCAAGCGCACUCGAGCUGGUGCGUGGAGUCAACCUGAGACGCACGUUUGCUGCUGUUAUCGUGGUACUGGGAAUAGCUUUGACCGGUGUCCGAUUCAUCACUACCUAUUCCGUCAUUUUCUUAGCUGGUGUUGGGAUAGGCAAUCCAUAUCUUGUCACAGUCAUCAUGGCCUCCUGCGUAUGCGUUGGAGUCCUCGGCACACCAUUCUUGAUGGAGUAUCUUGGGCGACGGUUUGGUCUCCUAGCAGGCUACAGCACUCUCGGAACCUUCAUGUUAAUCAUCGCAGCAGUUGGGACGGGACUCGGGCAACAAAAUCGCGUGGCUCAGGUUGUUCUUAUAAUUUUUCUCUGUCUCUGGAACUUUGUCUAUGGGUUAACCCUCAGCGCAAGCCUCGCCACCAUAUCUGCCGAGCAGCAUUCUAUUCGUCUGAGAACCAACGGGCAAGCAUUCACAAUUGUCAUCUACGAGGUCUUCGCUUUUGGGCUUUCAUUUAGUGUUCCAUACAUGAUCGGCGCCAAGUACGGCAACAUGGGCCUAAACAUUGGAUAUUUCUUUUUUGGGAUAUCUGCCCUUGUUUGGCUUGGCUGCUACUUUUUCGUGCCGGAGACCGGUCGUCUUACAUUAGAGCAAAUCGAUGAUAUGUACACAAGUGGUAAGCCGGCUUGGAAAACCUCACUGAAGGAGAACAAGCGGAUUGCGGCGGCGUCAGGUGGCGUAUAA